CCUAGUCCGAAACGAAGUUGCAAUUCCGCCAAAUUUUUAUUUUCUCUACUUUUUUAUGUUUACACUUCUUGGUGGCGUGCUUUUUAAUAAAUAUUAAAAAGUUGUGACGAGAUGUCGGUGAAUGAGCAAGUGACUAAGGGCAAUAUAGAGCACGUUAUGUGGAAUCUAUUUAAAAUGCGUUUCCCAACGGAACUAACAGAUGCAAUUAAUAACAGCGCAUACAACACAUUUCUUGGGGAGAUCCAAAUCACAAUUUAUACUCAACAAUCAGUGCAGAUUUCAUUCACACCAACUAAAUUUGCUGAAGGUGUUGAGCUGAAGACAUAUAUACUUGAUGCAUCCCCGCAUCUUAUAGAACUUUUAACUAGUGAUUUGACCAUUAAAGAAACUGAUACGUCAUUGGUGGAAAUAUAUGAAGUCUUCCACCAUCCACCUGAAAUAAUGGUUGAUGAAAAUAAUGUACUAUAUCUUGACUUCAAUUUAGAUGGUGACGACACUCGCCAUCUUAAAG